AUGAAGGUUAUUGAAGCUAAAAUUGUAGUUUUAGGAUCACAAGGUGUUGGCAAGACGUCGCUGGUGGUGCGGUACAUAGGCAAAAUGUUCUCGAAACACAUAUCUCCCACCAUAGGGGCGUCAUUCUUCACCUGCAAUAUUAACUUGGACAAUGCUAGGGUUAAAUUACAGGUAUGGGACACAGCAGGUCAAGAGCGCUUUCGCUCCAUGGCCCCAAUGUACUACCGUAACGCGAAUGCUGCGCUGCUAGUCUUCGAUAUCACCAGCGUCAGUAGCUUCACAGCUAUCAAAGGCUGGGUCAAAGAAUUACAAAGUAAUGUCCCCGAAGCCAUGGUGUUAUCGGUGGUGGGGAACAAGAGUGACUUGGAGCAGUAUAGAGCGGUGACCGUCUCCGAGGCAACGCAGUUCGCAGCCUCCAUUGGAGCGCAUUACUGUGAGACAUCUGCGUUGCACGAUCAGCAAGGCAUAGACCAAGUAUUCCUGAACACAGCGUCGGCCCUCCUCAGGCUGUCCUCCUCCAACACGAUGUCCUCACUGAGGGCCUAUGACAGCUCCGACGGCGACGACAAAAUACCUACAGGAUGUCCAACCGAGGAAGACGCGACCCACACCGGCAAGGUGGAAUUACCUUCCUGGAGUAUCGACAAUAUAGCACAUGGAGAUGUCCAGAAAAAUUGUUGCUGA